AUGGCACCAACUAUGCCCUAUGGUCCCCAAGUUGUCGAGAUGUAUAUAUCUGGCAAAGACAAAUGUAGUUAUAUUAAUGGCGAUCUUCCACAACCUCCUACAACUGCUCCAAUGUUUCCCCGUUGGCACACCGAGAACUCCAUCGUGAAAGUAUGUCUCAUCAAUUAUCUGGAGCAAAGCUUGAUUGGCAAUUUCAUUCGCUUUCCAAUAGUAAAAGUAGUGUGGGAUGCAAUUGCCACGACUUUCUAUGAUGGCACUGAAACCUCUCAGGUGUAUGAUCUGAAACGACAAGUCUCCCGUAUGAGACAAGCUAGUGGCUCUAUUGAAACCUAUUGCAAUAUUCUCCAAAGUUCAUAG